AUGAAUUCCUUCCAGGCCUCAGAAAACCUCUCCAGGGCCAAAACAUUCCCAUUAAACUGUUCCAGGGGGAACCUGUCAAAAACCUGUCCAGCCAACGACCUCCCGUCACGACAGGCGCUUAAAAUCCAGGGCCCGCAGCCGCCGACGUGUCCCGAUUACUUCCGUUGGAUCCACGAAGAUCUACGGCCGUGGAUGAAAUCGGGGAUCACCAAAGAAAUGGUGAUGGCUCCCAGAAAGGCUGCAAAUUUCCGGCCGGUGAUAGUAAAGGGGAAAGCCUACGUGGAAACGUACAGAAAAUCAUUUCAAACAAGGGAUACCUUCACAUUAUGGGGGAUCUUACAGCUGCUCCGGCGGUAUCCGGGUCGGGUUCCGGAUCUGGACCUGAUGUUCCACUGCGGCGACAUGCCGGUGGUGCUGAGGGAGAACUUCCGGCCGGGUGCGCGGCGGCAGCCACCGCCGGUGUUCAGAUACUGCGGGCACGAGGAGGCGUUCGAUAUCGUGUUCCCCGACUGGUCGUUCUGGGGGUGGGCGGAGAUCAACAUAAAGCCGUGGGGUUCAUUGGCAGGGGAGCUGAAAGAAGGGAACAGGCGAAUGAAAUGGGAAGAGCGGCAGCCCUAUGCAUACUGGAAAGGCAAUCCCCAAGUUUCCCAAACCAGGCUCGAUUUGCUCGACUGUAAUAUCACCUCGGCGCCCAAUUUCGAUUACAAAGCUCGAAUCUACAAUCAGGACUGGUUGAAGGAGCAAGAAGAAGGGUAUAAGAACUCUAACCUGGCCGACCAGUGCAUCCAUCGCUACAAAAUCUACGUCGAAGGCCGAUCCUGGUCCGUCAGCCAUAAGUACAUCCUCGCCUGCGAUUCCACCACGCUCCUCGUUCGCCCAAGCUUCCACGACUUCUUCUCCAGGAGUUUGCUCCCGCUCAAGCACUAUUGGCCGAUCACCGACGACGCCGCCGAGAUCUGCGCCUCGAUCCGCCGCGCCGUCGACUGGGGAAACGCAAAUCCGGCGGCGGCGCAGGCGAUCGGCGAGGAAGGCAGCCGAUUCGUGGCGGAGCAGGUGAAAAUGGAGUACGUGUACGACUACAUGCUCCAAUUGCUGAAGGAGUACGCGAAGCUGUUGAGGUACAGGCCGAGCGUGCCGGAGAAGGCGGUGGAGAUCUGCUCCGAGACGAUGGCGUGCGCGGCGGAAGGGCGGGCGAAGAGGUUCAUGGAUGAGUCGCUGGUGGAGCGCCCUGCGGUGGCGGCGCCGUGCGUUAUGCCGCCGCCUUUCGAUGCGGCGUCGUUUGGAGCGGUUUGGAGAAGGAAGGAGGAGGGAAUGGAAGGAAUGAAGAGUUGGGAAAGGGAAUAUGAAUAUCGCCGGGACCACAACCAAUUCUAA